GUCGCAAAGUUGUUCUGCGGAAGACGGAUGCGAGGAAGAUGUUUGUAGUCAGAUAGCCGAGCGUUUGAGCAAAUUUUCACCGUCAUGGAGGCUUUCCGGGGCAGAAUGAGCUGCAGGGGAGGACUGCUCGGCCUGACGGUAGCCUUCCUGUGCUGCGUGGGUUCCGUGCAGUGUUUUGGGCAGAGCCAAGACAGCGAGUUCACGUUUCUACUUCCAGCCGGAAGAUCCGAGUGUUUCUAUCAAACGGCAAUAAAGAACGGCACGAUGGAGGUCGAGUACCAGGUGAUAGCAGGAGCAGGCAUGGACGUAGACUUCACCAUCAUCUCCCCUCAAGGAGCCCGCCUGAUUAUCGAGAAUCGCCGUUCUGACGGAGUCCACGUGGUGGAGCCCAUGGAGGAGGGAGACUACGAGAUCUGUUUCGACAACGGCUUCAGCCGCUUCUCGGAGAAGAUGGUGUUCUUUGAGAUCAUCAUCGAGGGACAAGGAGGGGAUGUGGGAGGAGACGACGAGUUCCCGGGUGUAGAGGAGCCCGACGGGAGCCUGCUGGAGUACAAGCUGGAUGAUAUCAGGGAGACCAUGGACUCUCUGCACAAACGCUUGGAGCGUAGCCGGCAGAUGCAGACGGUCUUACGGGCUUUUGAGGCGCGGGACCGAAACCUCCUGGAGGACAACCUGUGGAGGGUCUCGUUCUGGUCGUGUGCCAGUGUGCUGGUGAUGCUGUGUGUGGCCGUAACCCAGGUCUACACCGUUCGCAAACUGUUUGACGACAAGCGGAGAGUCUGCACAUAGAGGAAGCAUGCCAGACAGACGGGUAAACAGACUGUGAGCAAUAAUGACAUUUCUUUAAAUCACAAAGUGUAACCAGAAGGUGAAGAGGUAUGACAAUGGGGAAGUUGAAAUUCAUUUUGUUUAGUGCCUUUAAUGCCACGUCUGGCCACAAACCAAUAAGGAAAUGUGCGUCAGUGCAGUCCUACGCCUCCGAAACGGGGCGAAGGGGUUGGGAUUUUUCGGUAAAGGUAGACGGUUCGCCUAGCUGCCACGUUGCUGGUUCAGAGGAUAAUAACGUGCAAUAGUGCUGACUCUGCAGUUGCGUUUGUUUUAGUUGAUGCUGGUGUUUUUCUUUUAAGGGUCCUGUUUAAAGAGUCACAUUUUUAAGUCUUUUGACGCGCGUGGGAAGGAGGGAAACUUUCACAAACUGACUGCCGGUCUCUGCCGUAGACGUCUGAACAACGUAAACACACCGACUGUGUUUGUGUUUCAUACUUCAAUCAUGUGUUUUUUCUUUCAGAUGACAAAAGGGUCCUUUUUGUUCAUGCAGACACAUUUUAUGUCUACAUGUUCUGUAAGAUGUAAUGUAUCAGCUUUUAGUGAAAGACGUUUGUGACAAUAAAAUCAUUGUUUUACACUGAAA